UAGACGCAAAUACCCCCGUCUGUCCUGCACCACCUCAGAGCACUAUAAACCCCAGGCCCUUGAUCGGUGGUCAGUCAACGGCCUCAAAGUUCCUGGCUCUUUGGACCACUGCAGACAACACCUUUCCUGGCUACCCCACUCUGAGCUCCAGGCACCAUGAAUCCUCCGUCUACAAAGGUUCCCUGGGCCGCCGUGACGCUGCUGCUGCUGCUGUUGCUACCGCCCGCGCUGCUGUCGCCAGGAGCGGCGGCGCAGCCCCUGCCCGACUGCUGCCGCCAGAAGACGUGCUCCUGCCGCCUCUACGAGCUGCUGCACGGCGCGGGCAACCAUGCGGCCGGCAUCCUCACGCUGGGCAAGCGGCGGCCGGGACCCCCAGGCCUCCAGGGCCGACUGCAGCGCCUCCUGCAGGCCAGCGGCAACCACGCAGCCGGCAUCUUGACCAUGGGCCGCCGCGCAGGCGCAGAGCCAGCGCCGCGCCCCUGUCCUGGGCGCAGAUGUCCCGCGGCUGCCGCUCCCUCUGCAGCGCCUGGGGCGCGGUCCGGAGUCUGAGCCCUUGCUCUGGCCGG